UGGGUGCAAAAUGGGGUUUUGUGCGAGCGACAGCCAUCGACCGAGUGCAGUGCGUAGGCGGUUGUCGUAGACGUAACCCACCACGUGCUACGGGGUCUGUCUGCACGCGCACGGUUUUUAGUGCACUGAUUUUUUUGUAUCUCGCACAACACCAUCACAACAGCCAGCCGCUCGCCGUGUCGUCAUCGCCCAGUGUUUUGUUGCGCACAGCGUGUAUCUUUAAAGUGUUUUAGCAAACAGGGGGCAACAACAAGGGAGUGCUGUCUCAGAAAACAAAAAGCCCUCAAACGGUGAACAACUCCCCUUUUUUUGUUUUCUUGCUACAGACACACACACACAUACACAAUUACAUCCCUCAAACAAAAGGCAACAACGUUAAGUUCAGCAAUUGAGUGCAGCAAAUAAUAAUAAAAAAAAAAUCCCAGGUGCCCCACUAGUCGGUUGUGAAAGCGUGACCAAUACCCUAACGUAAUCUCUCCCACCCCUUCUAUCCACCGUGUCAUCCCUUUCCUUUCAUUUUGUGUCGGUGCGUGCUUGCCUUGAGGGCGAAAGUGUCGAAGGGUUUUUUUUUCUUUUCUUUUUUAUACGUGUGCCCAUCGUGAGUGAGUGAAUUGCCGUGAUACACAAACACAAACACACACACGUACACACAUAAGCAUCAGUGUGGCAAAAGGUGGGAAAAUCGCACAAUUUACGCUUGCGGUGCGCUAAAGUGUCUCCCGCCGAGUGCGUGCUUGUGUGGUGUGUGGCUAGGGUAGGGUGUGAGGCAAUGCCACGCAAGGUGCGACAUAGUUUCGACGGGAAAACCACAACAACUAGUCUCCGAAGCAGCAGCAGCAGCAGCAACAACGACAAUAACAACAGCACUACUUUUGCAAGGACACCGGCGAAACGAAACGGUGAAGCAUAAUGAGCUUUCGCUGGAAGUGAGUCGAGUUGUUUCUUUUUUUUUUAUUCACCACGCACUAAAGUUCAGUCGCCCGAUUGCUACGGCAACAUUGGAAGCAGUGGGUUGGCUUCGUUUGCUGUUAUAAGGACAGAGAGCGGCAGCAGCAAAGGAAGGAAAAGCCGAGGCAGGGUCUGUGAUUGCCAUUAUCAACAGUAACAAACGACGACAGCUACGACGGCGCGAUGGCGUCGUCGUUCGCUAAUUGCUCCUACGCGCCCGAUCCGAGCGCGGGCGACGCGAAUCCAUUCAACUACGGCGAGCGCAGCCUGCUGGACGAUCGUGACAAGCGUGGAGUAACACGUGCAUCAAGCCUAGCCCUACCGAACCACUCACUGCUAGAUCUGCUCGAGCAGAAGCAGAAGCUGUACGACACGAUCCACCUGACGCCACCGCCGAAAGGCAAUGGCACCCGGCGCCAUUCGUCCGACUCGUUCCCGAUGAUCGAGAACGAAAGCUUUCAAAUCCCGCAGCGGCAGAGCAAAAAAUCGUCCCAAGGUAUAGGGCCGGGGCCGCUGGUGCCACCGCCCGUGCCGAAGCGCACCUUCCAGGGCAACUUCCCGCGCAAACCGCCCGACUCGUUCGAGGUACAGAAGCGGGCGUCCCUGCUCGCACUCGACAGCUACCAGCAGCAGCAGCAACAGCUUCAGGCGCAGCAGCAACAGGUGCAGCAGCUACACCAGCAGCUGCAGCAGCAGCUCCAGCAGCAACAUCAGCAAGCGCAACCAUCGUACGCGCCGUUUGGCCGCUCCGAGCGGAUCUGCAAGUCCGCCUUCGAGGAUCAAACCUUCAGCUACUAUCCGGCGCCGAAAAGUGCGAAAAGCGCUGGAGUCUCCGCUGGAGGUUCUGCUAGCGGUGGUGGUGGUGGUGGUGUAGGUAGUAACGGCACCUGCCACAGUGUCAGCGCGACCAGCUUCGACGAUCUCGGCGAGCCGGAUGACUUUGUGCUGUUCAGCAAGAAGAUGGCCUCGAUCGAGUCGAACCGUUCGUCGAGCGAUUCGAACAAAUCGCAAACCACCAUCGACACCGGGUACGUGUCGGCGAACGAAACCGACCGCUCCUUGCUGACCGGUGGCAGCUGCUCGUCCGCCAAGGGCGGCGGUGCGACCUCCUUUCGCAGCCGGUUCUCCUCCGAGGACACCCAGUCGUCGCUGGACAGCUUCCUCUCCUCCGAGCUGCACCGGACCGACACGAUCGAGUCGCUGCCGCUGAACGAUUCGCCCUUCAGCCUAAAGAAGAACGUGUUCAACUUCGAUCUGAAAACGUCCCCGCUGAUCCGGGGCAGCAGCACCGUCUCGCCGAACUCGAUCGACGAAAAGCUGGACAGCUGUUCGCCGCGCAGCAUCGAGAGCAAGGGCUCCCGCAAGCUGCCGACCGUGCCGACCCGCAAAGGACCGGCCAGUGGGAUCGUGAUGCAGCCGAAGCUUCCACCGCCGGGUUCCGCCAGCGCGGGACCGAACAGUCGCAUGACGCCGCCGCUACCACCGUCCCGCUCGCAGCAAGCGUUCGAAACGCGCAAACUGCAGAAGCUGCAGCAAGCGCAGCAGCAACAAACGCAGCUCAACAACGUGGCGUCGGCGCACAAGACAGCACUGGAAAGCUUGCAGGAGCUGUACAGCAGACCGCUCGGCAUCAGGCGCAACAUACAUCGGCCACCGCCGCUCAGCCAGCAGCAGAUGGUCAACGCAGCGGCGAAAGCGUCCCUGCUGGGCGGCCAGCGCCAAGACUCGAGCAUCUCGAGCGACAGCUUCUCCAUUACCUCAAGCCCGGGCUUUCAGAGCAAAGCGAUGGAGAGCUCACUGCUGCAGCAACACACAUCCACCACCAACAGCAGCAAGUUCAACCGCUCGACCAUUCGCGGCAAGCCACCGAUGGACACGGCAACCGCAGUCGGCAUCGGUGGGACGAACGUCGCGCCGAACAACCUGACGGCGCUGAUGAAUUCAGCCGGAUCAACGCCGGGAGCGUCCGUCACGGCAGGCUCAACUUCCAUGUCGUCCGGUACCGGCAGUACCAUUCCCGGCGAAGGUUUGGCGGGAAUCGGUGUGUCCACUGGUACGAUUCGAUCCGUUCCGCCGCGAGUUAGCAUGCGGCAAGAUUCCAGCAUAUCCAGCGACAGCUUUAGUCAAACGUCCAGCCCUAGCUACAACUCGAAGAUCAUGGAGGCGCCGCUCCUAUCGCACGCCGCCAAGAUGCCCAAGGUGUCGAAACCGAUCGCGAAGAACCUGGACGAAAUCACGAAGGAAUCGCCAACGGACGUGAACGGAACGGCCGCCAUCAUUAAGAGUGCAUCGACACCGGCCAGCCUACAGACGAUCGUGCGGCUUUCCAACGGCUCAAACGUUAGUCUACAGCACAAGAAGUUCCAAAUUUUAAAAGCUCGUAAAAACUCCAACCCAUACGUGACGAGCGGCCGGUUAAAGUUCCGCCUCUGCCAGAUAUUGCUGAACGCCGUCGGGCUGCUUGCCAUUGCCGGUGGACUCGCAGCCUACUUCAACGCCUACCCGACGAUCAAGUUCGUGAAUCAAACCAUCACCCGUACGGCGGUUCCAGCGUCCCAGCCCGGCAGUUCCGCAGUGGGCGGUAGUGGCGCUGUUUCCUCAGUCCCGGCGUCCGGUUCGGGCCAAUCCGUGGCUGGAUCACCGGGCCGGACGGCACUGGAUGUGGCCGGUGGUUUCCGUGGCGAUCGUAACCCAGCGCCCGGCGUCUGCCUGCCGGUGAUCGUAAAGUUCUGCCAGCAACAUCGCGUACCCUACAACUAUACCGUCUUUCCGAACUACAUUGGACAUUUUGGCCAGCCCGAGGCACAGAUCGAAAUUGAUCUCUUCGAAGCGCUGGUCGAUGUGCAGUGUUACGAGCUUGUUCCACUGUUCUUAUGCUCUCUGUUUGUGCCUAAAUGCGGUAAUUCCGGUGCAACCGUACCGCCAUGUAAAAGUUUGUGUACUGAAACAAUGCGUCGAUGCAGCUUCUUCUUCGACGUGUUCGGACUGGAGCUGCCGGAGUAUCUGCGCUGCUCGAUCUUCAACGAUGCCGUGUCGGACCAGGAGGAGUGCGUCGGGAUGGCCGAGUACAAGGAGUCGAUCAUACGGUCCCGCCGUCCGAUGGCCUGCACUGGCUUUCUGUGUGACAAGCGGCGCUGCAUACCGAACGACUGGAAGUGUGACGGGCACGUCGACUGUCAGGAUCAAACGGAUGAGGCGCACUGUGACUUUUGCGGUGACGAUGCGAUCCACUGCGGCGAGGGGCAGUGCAUGAGCCAGAAGCACGUGUGCGACGGUACGCCCAACUGUCCGUACGGGCAGGACGAGCGAAACUGCAUUCGGCUCAGCGAGCGUAAUGGUGAUCUUGGCCGGGGUACGCUAGAGGUGUACAAAGCGGACCUCAAACAGUGGGCACCGGCAUGCGUGAAAAACUGGGAUCCAGCCACCUCACCCACCAUGAUCUGCUCCCUACUGGGCUACAGCUCGGUCAACUCGAGCCGCACGGCAAUGCGCGGCUCGAACCGGACGCUCGUCAGCACCAAGGACGCCUCCUCGAUGUGGCGCAUGUACCAGAAGAAGGACGUCAACCUGAUCAAGGAGUUCAACAGCUGCGACAUCAACUCGCGCUACCCGGUCGCAGAGCUGACGUGUUCGAACUUUGAGUGUGGUAAGGUGAGGAACAGGAAGUACUUCAAGGCAACGAAACGCAUUGUCGGUGGAUCGACCUCCAACCCGGGCGACUGGCCGUUCAUAGCGGCGAUUCUCGGCGGACCAGAGGAGGUGUUCUACUGUGCCGGCGUACUAAUCGCCGACCAGUGGGUCCUAACCGCUUCGCACUGCAUCGGCAAUUCUCCCACCAGUCACACGAUGCGCAACGUCAACGACUGGACGAUACAGCUCGGCAUUACGCGGCGCCGCUCGCACACGUACUACGGACAGAAGGUAAAGGUGAAGACGGUCAUACCGCACCCGAUGUACAACCUGCACAUCCCGCACGACAAUGACAUUGCCCUGUUCCAGCUGGCCACCCGGGUAGCGUUUCACGAGCAUCUGCUUCCGGUUUGUUUGCCGCCACCGCACAUCCGGGAGCUGCCGACCGGCAUCAACUGUACUGUGGUUGGAUGGGGCAAGCGUGAGGAGCGUAACUCCACACCGAACGGCGCAUCGUACGAACCGACGCUCAACGAGGUGAACGUACCGAUCGUGAGCCGCGAACUGUGCAUCGACUGGCUAGAAACGUUCAACGUGACGGAGGGCAUGAUCUGUGCCGGCUACCAGGAAGGUGGCCGAGAUGCGUGUCAGGGCGAUUCCGGUGGUCCGCUGCUGUGUCCGUACCCGAACGAAAAGGACCGCUGGUUCGUGGGCGGUAUCGUGUCCUGGGGCGUGCGCUGUGCCCAUCCCAAGCUGCCCGGCGUCUACGCGAACGUGCCCAAGUUUAUACCGUGGAUUUUGGCGCAAAUCAACAACCACUCCGUGCUGCAGACUGACACGAUCGGGCGAUAAUUUCGGGCCACCGUGAAAGUGUGGUAGGAGAGGCCAGCAGAGAUUGGUAGACUUGAAAGACGUGUAAGCCCGUGUAUCUGCGGCACUUGCGCUCACAGCAUUUGUGUGGAGUUAUUUAAACAGCGUGCUUAUGAAAAUGGGCAGAAUAUUUGACCAGAAAAUGAACCCUAUAUUAAAGCAAAGCCGUCGCUCUCAAACAAUCCCUAAAAUACUGAAUGAUAAGGACGAAAAAGCGAAAUUCCCUCCCACCCGUCCACCGAUGGGAACGCUUUCGCAGAGCAGGACGACAUCUGCCGGAAGCAAUGAAUCAUUCAUCGGCCUACGCGUUUUCAUUGAUUCCCCCGCCUCAUACAGACAGAUAACCGGUCAGACAUGGGACGUGAUGUUUACCGUCAACCGUAUCUGUCAAUCAGUGUGUCAGGUGAACGCUGCCCGAGCUCAAACGGCGCCGACAUACCUAACCUGCUGUUCAAAUAUCUCUACAAAAGCGUGAGUGUUCAGUUUAGGCACACAAAACAAGAAGAAUGAUUCAAACACUAUAGUUUACUAGGCACAACCCACUAGGAGUCAAUUGAAGGUGAUAUGCUGCAAUGCUGCAAAGCAAAAACAAACGAAAAAGGAGAUAAAACCCAUUGACAAUAAUGGCUAAUGAGACAAUAAUCAAUUUGUUCGUAAGUACAAUUUGCACACGUUAAACCAUUGCACCACCAAUCGGGAAGGGUUCGCGGGAAGAAGCUGCAAUACAGCAUCCAAUUCCGAUAGGCCCCAGGCACAGGGCACAGUAAUCACGACAAUAAGCAACGCCAAGCAGUAUUGCGCAGUAUCGGUGAUAGUAGGGAACUGGGAAUUCUUUUUUUAUUAGAAAGCAAGCAAAUCAGUUAAGAAGGCAGAGCAAACGAAGACAAUAAGAAGCAUCUGAGUCAAACUCGGAAUAAUAUUAGUCGCCAAAAACGAGAAAUAGAAGUUGUUUGUUUUAGCAAGAGAGGGAUGAUAUCGUUGCAGCAUGAUAUGUUGCAGUGUUUGUGCAACCAGUGGUCGUCAGUAUUUGGUCUAUUUGGGAAGUUCAGUAAAGUCAAUGUUCGGUAUUAACUUGCUCAGCGUCGCGGUUCCGAAUUUUGGGUACCAUUAAAGACAUUACAGGGUUUUCCAGGAGUUCUCAUAGCUGUGGGACACUUUUUUGACUCUUUCUUACUUGAAAUGAACUUAAUGUAAUGGGAAUUGGACUCUAUAGCACCCUUGUUGGACACAUCCAAUAGGAAUUUCCAAGGAGCCUGUCUAAAACGGGUGCCAUAGAAUUCUAUUUCCAUAACAUGAAGUUCAUUUCCGGUAAAGAAAGAGUCAAGGAAGUAUCCCACAACUGUGAAAACUCCAAGAAAACCUUGUAAAAUCGUUUGCUUUCCUUUCGAUGUUUGCUUUGAGCGGUACAAUACGCGAUAAUGCCGUGGAAGCAGGGCAGGGAUAUACUACUGCAAACUGCAACCGGUUGCAAAAAUAAGCAAAAACCCCAAAAGUAGCAGCGAUUGAAAGCAUUUUUAUUCUAUACAAUCUACCACUAUGGGCAUUUAAAGCAUACCUUACAUAUAUUAUAUUGGUAGAUAUACAACAAAACCAACAUACAAAAUGGUAAAUUAUUACGAACCAGAACAAUAUUAUUAUCAUUAUUAAUAUUAUUUUUUUAUUACAACGACUCCGUAUCACUCACUCAGCAAAGCAUCAAGUAGCAUAUUUAUCGACUGUUGUUGCUAUUUGGAAGAGUUUUAAGAGACAUGGUUAGGGUUGGG